AUGGCCAGUGGGGUGGCCUGCGCGGACAGGGCGACAAGCGAAUUGCUAAUUGGUCCAGAUUGGGCGAUAAACAUGGAACUCUGCGACAUCAUCAACAUGGAUCCAGGGUAAAAUCUUUGUGGCUUUUUCUUCCGGAAAGAAACUGUUACGCAAACGACGCCUAUACUUCCCCCGCAUCCGAUACCAGGCAUCUAGGAAGGAUGGCUCAUGAUGGAAUCGUCUAAUUGGCCAUUAAAAAACGGAGGCUUCUAUAGUUAUCGUUUUGUCGUGUCUGGAAUUAUUCUGCAAUUUACUACCUAAUCAUCUUACUAUGGAACGAAGAGUCAGCUUAGAAAUUUUAUGCCCAGCCGGAGCCAUUUUCAUGUCCGAAGAAGGAAGAAAGCGUUACAUUGUGAUGGAAUAUGUUUUAGAAAAUCAACCAACUUUCCAUCAGCGCAGGAGACAGCUCAGUAUCUUCCCUACUUCCUUGUCAACCUGUUUAUUGCUUGAUUAUUCUAGGUUGAUUAUUCAAGCACAAUUUCAACCGUCAGGAUUGGUUUCUAUUGAAUAUCUUGACACACAUGAUGCUGUAAUUGCUAUCAUAAUUCAUUGUCGUGAGUCUCUGGAUUUAUUCUGUGAUCUCACUUCCUACAUGGAUCUGUACAGAUACUUUUAUUAUCGUGUCUUCCAUAUUUCGGAAUCUCUGCUUCGGCUCUUAUUGUCUGAUAACAUUGUGAUUUAAUCUUCAUAUGCUUGACUCAUAUAUAUGUGCUUGCUUCUUUUUGACCACAGGCAAGCGAAGGAUGUAAUCAAGAUUCUUAAAAAGCGCUUAGGAAGUAAAAAUUCUAAGAUACAAAUCCUUACUCUCUUUGUGAGUACAUGACAUCUUCUGGCUCUGCCGUUCUUUAAAAUUUCAAUUGUAUGUUUGUCUGUAUCAUUAGUUCAUACGUUUGCUUUAGUUUCCAAUAUCCCUGUAAAAUUUUCUCCUGUGAAGUUUGUUCCAUUGCUAUUUUUUUCUUUUGCUUCGUAUGAAAGUUGGUGCGGUGUGUGUUACAUUUUUACAAUGGCGCAAACAAUUCGUGACCUACUUAAGGUUCUUCUAGAUUCGUGCUUAUUUGGGAGUUCCAAUUCACCUUCUUCUUUUUUUUUUAAAAGAGAUCUCAGAAUGCUUUUUCCUAGGAGUUUUAAAAAUUUUGAGCUAGAUUUUGCCACUUGAAGUGUAAAGAAUGCAAUAACCUGUCAACUGGGCUGCGAAGUCGGGAUUCAUUUUUGCUAGUUAUCAAUUUCUUCCAAAUUACCAUACAUUUUUUUGGAUCUUUUUUUUACUGAAUUGAUCCACUUAAGGGAGCAGCACACGAAAAGGGAAUCAUGACCUUUUUCUUGGGGCUUGCAAAAGUAAUCCGGGGUAGCUCAGGUAUACCUGAGAUGUUACAGCCCAUUCUGUCUAUGAAGCAGCAAUGGUCGAGCAACCUGGUAAUAUUACUUAUCCAAAGUAGAGUUUAUGGCUCAAAUCUGCUAAGUUUUAAAAGAUCACUCUAACUCUUGCUUAUUAACACAAAAUGACCUUAGCUUCCCUUUAACAUCUCUCUAAACACAACGCUAUAAAUGAGCUAUAAAUAAGAAAUGAACAAGUUGUACAUUGUGAAUUAUUUUUUGUCAGAAUCGUAGUCAAAGAGGGCUCUACUGAGGCACUGUGUUUUGUUUCAGAAGUAGUACGGUGUGGUCAUUGAACCUCCUGUUCUAACAAACACUAGGGUAGUUUCUGUUGACACAUUUUCGGUGUUGAGAGCUAGUCUAAAGCCUCUGACUGUUUUGUACUAGUCUAAAGCCUCUAUUGGACGUUAAUUAGCAGUACUGCAGUAGGAGGCUGAUUCAUGGAAGGUUGGUUAUAAGAAUAUCGACUAACAUAUCAAUUGCUCAAGAAACCCAUCGUAGGUCAGUCCAAAAUAGUUUAUAAUGCUCAUUUAUGACGACGUGGAACCGUAUCAACAUCACCUAGUGCCAUUAAGUGUCAUCAUUAUUCUCUUUAAUUAUUUUAGCUCUUCUCCUCAUUAGAUGGUAGUUCUGAGAGAUCCCAGUUAAUGACGAUAAAUACACAGAGCUCUUCUUAAGUGAUAGAUACUCCAUUUGCAUUUUAGAAUGCUUCAUGAUGUCUUUAGAGUUUGCUUUACAAAAUCUGUGUGGGGGAACUACUUCCAAAGGUAUAUUGCUUUUCACAUUUAUUACAUUUCGUCCGCAAAUUUGCUGCCUUUAACAAAGUUGCUAUCGGUAAUAGGGGAAUGAAUUAGUUCCAAAAGGAAUCCUGGAGCACAAUCUAUCUAACUUGAAAUUCAUUUAUUUUCUUGUGAUUGGUUGGCAACAAAGCCGUGUGCACGCCCCACUUGUGCAUUUUAUAGUGCAUUAUCUAUAUUAUUGUAAUUUAUUUGUAAAUAUAAUUUCCUUGGUUUCUAAUUCAGGUGUUAGAGACUCUCAGCAAAAACUGUGGGGACAGUGUGCACCUACAAAUUGUUGAGCGUGACAUCUUACAUGAAAUGGUUAAAAUAGUGAAAAAAAAGGUCAGUGUCUUGUUUUCGUAAUAUUUUUGCAUCUCAUAUGUUGUAUUGUUGUUUUCCCAAUUUCUCUCUCAUUGUCAAUUUCUAUCAUGCAGUCUGACUUACAUGUAAGAGAAAAAAUAUUAUCUCUCAUUGAUGCAUGGCAAGAAGCUUUUGGGGGAUCUGGAGGAAAGUAUCCUCAGUACUAUGCUGCAUAUCAAGAACUAAGGGUACUCCUGUGCUGUUGUUUUAUUCCUUAUUUAUUUUUCUGUUUUAGGACAACAUUUUAAUCCCUUUUUAUGUCACGUUCAUCCUUUCUUUGUUGAGACCUAUUUAUUUGGAUCAGAUUUAUGACGAUGACGCACUUGUUAGGGUUCUGCGGCUGUUACUGAAAAUGACUUCAGUGCAUUGGGGAAAAUUAUCAACUGUAUCUGCUUCACUAGCUGCUAGUUUCUACCUGUCAUCCUUCAGUAAAGAAGGAUUUUUGAUGCGAUGAUUUCCUUAGGCUAUGCCCAUAUAAUACUUGCCCGUAGGAGACGGAAUCUAAGAUGAAAAAUCUUGGAAUAAGGAAAAUCUGUUGAAAAAAGUCACAGUAACAAUGCUCUCCUGAGAGAAAGAACCUUUUCUAAUUAUUCAUCUCCUUCAGUGGUAGACAAUGACUUGAUACACACUUCAUUGGUUGCAUAGCUUUCAUCUGAAUGUCAGGGAAAUAAAUUAUUUUGCUCUGAGGUUUAGAAAGGAAAAUCCUUUGUAAACCUUCUGCUUUGGGGAUGGUCAACCCCAACUGACAUUUUGGGUAGAUAGGGUUGUUGAGAAAUGACUUGAUCAUGUAACUGCAGGAUGGGUGAGGGAGACAUCAAUCCACUUUUCCUCGUUGUCCCUCAAGCUUGUUUCUUUUUAUCAAUCGGAAAUCACAAGUUAACGUGGCUGUUAGAAUCGACUUCUUUUGGGCUAACCGGCAGGAACAAAACAUAAUUGGAAGGAAUUUGCGCAAAUUUCUCAUUUCUGGGUUUAACAAAGAAAAUGAAAAUGCCAGGGGAGAGGGUCUCGAACAGAGUGGAUCAGACUGAACAUGCCCAACCAAAACCUUUUAGCUACUUAAAAUUCAACCCAUUCUCAUGUGAUCUUUUUACCUGUGUAAACCACUUGAUAUCGUUACUGCCUGUCAUUACUUGUGAUCAUUAGCAGUAUGAUUAUCAAAGAUCUAACUGCAGUGUGCAUUUUUUAAUGGGAUCGACAGACUGCUGGAGUAGAAUUCCCACCCCGUGAAGAAAUCAGUGUGCCCUUGUUCACUCCUCCUCAGACUCAUCCAAUUGUCCAACCCCGGGUUUCUCCUUACGAGGACGUGGCUAUUGAAGCCUCUCUCCAAUCUGAUGUAGCUGCUCUCAGGUAGUUUUCCCUCCUAGUUACUCAUUUUUUUAAAUGAUCCGGUGCGUUUUGAGAAACUGUGGAAUGUGAGACCUGACUUCAUGUCCUUUCUCCUCCAUGUUGCUCGUUCUGUUGCGUUCAUUAUUCCAUAUUUAUGAUUUCCUUUCUAAAAUGGAGUUCUGGGCUGUUGUAUCUUUCUUUGUGCUUUUUGAAAAUGAAAUUUAAGUAAUAUUUUAUAGUUAAUGUACAUAUGGGAAAGAGGAAGACAACAAAGAACUUUGAUGGUAGUAGUGAAAGAAGAUAUUAAAUUCAGGCAUUUUGGGUAUAGAUCGUAUAUGAUUGGGUGAAAUGAUGGACUAGAAUUUUGCAUCCUGGAUACGAUUAGUUGGCAUUUAGUAGAUGAUGAUGGUAUUGAUUUUUAUUUUUAUUUUUAUUUUAAACGAACGUUGGAGAUUCGACACAUCACUCAAAAGUGUGAAGGUUGAUUCCGGUGCCCAUGGUCACUAGUCUCUCGUACCAGUUAGAAAGGUGGAUAACCUAAUUCUCAGAUGUUACGGUCCUGGCUCUAGUAAUCAUCUUACCGUACACCAUGUUCGAUAGGUUAGGUCUUGAACAUUGUAAGAAGCUAUUUAAUACUUUCUCACCGUGGAUAGUCGUGCACACGAUGUUUCAGAUAUUACGGGAUGACCCUGUCCCAUGUCCAUUUUCCUCAAUAAAACAGCGAGACAUCUAAAUAGAUAUGGGUACAUUAUCACCAUGAAUCUUAGGGAUGCAAUUGCAAGUAACUAUGUAAUGGCUAUGUUCUGAUUCAAAUCAUCGAUUCAGUUGUGCAGGAAUCUGUUGGCCCUUGAUAAAAUCAUUACACGGGUUAACUAUCUCGGGACUAAUUAGUAUUCAAGUCAGUCGGCCUGAUACUAUCACUGAAGAACAGAACAUGUGUGCUGUAAAUUGGAUUUCUUUCGAAUUAUUAUCAUGUGGCAAAUUGUUGUUAUUAGCCGGGGAUUUGUCGAUGAAUAAGGUUUUAGUUCUUCUAAUGAUGCCUGUUUAUAAUCUUUCAGCUUAGCAGACAUCCAAAAUGCUCAUGGAAUAACAGAUGUGCUAAUGGAAAUGCUCAAUGCGCUGGAACCAAAUAAUUCUGAGGUAAUAAAAAAUUAUAAUUUGAAAUACUGCUUAAAUAUAUUUAAAUAUUUUAUAUGGACUAAUUUUUAUCAACCGAUGCUUUAUUUUGAAAUUUCCAGCAUUCUUAGUUCAGAGCAUAUAUAUUUUGCCCAACUUUGGAAACUAUGAUUUCACGUCCAUAUUUAUGGCUGUCUUUAGUCAAAACAGUUUCUCGCGUUACAUUUUUGCAGAUAGCAGACAUCUGACGUCCGCUUGAUGCCAUGGAAAAACAGACGUCCAUAGUAGAGUUGACUAGUUUUGUCAGUUUGCUGAUCCCCAACAGCACAAACCCCAGGCCCCAUUAGUCAAAUUGGACGAUCUAAGUGUCUAUUGAGGAAUAUUAUUUAUGAUAUCAUCAUUAUAUUGAGGACCAAAAAAGUGGAUUUGGAAUGGAUCAACGAAGAAAUGCAGAAUCUCUGUUUGUCUCGUAAUUACAGGAUUAAUUCAUUUUAUCUAUUUUUCUUCUUACACAACCCCUAUAGACUGGAGGAUCAGAAAAAAAGAAGAAAAAAAACAUAGAAUAAGAAGAAAUAAUUAUCAUAUAAUAUAUGAUAAUUAUCAGUAGUAGAAAGGAAAGCCUCAUUACAGGUGCAUGGGGAUCCACCAAGCCCAGAAAUGUAAUAUAUUUCCUUAAAGUUCAAAUAUUUUUCCUUUUUUUUUUUUUUGGGAUUAAGCAGUAUCAUCAUAUUUUCAUCGUUUUUAUUUCUGGAAGCAAUUGGAAAUUACUGUUCAUCAUGGCUGGGUUGUUUAUACUAACAACUUGAUAUUGCUGAUCUGGUUUUCAGGGGCUGAAGCAAGAGGUCAUUGUUGAUCUUGUUGAGCAGUGCCGUUCAUUCCAGAAUCGCGUCAUGUCGCUGGUGAACAACACUGGGUAUUUUAUUCUUCUCUUUUUCUUUUUUCUUUUCGACGCAAGAUUUUUAUGUGUUUGUAAUUAAGUAUUAAAUUUUCCUGCCGGCUGUUGAUAUUCCAGACUGAUUAGUUAAUUAUUUGCCUCCCAGGGACGAGCAACUUCUCUUCAGCGGCCUGGCAUUGAAUGACAACUUGCAGCGUGUGCUUCAAAGAUACGACGACCUCCUCAAAGGAAAGCAACCGGCUGGGUCAACUGAGCUGGCCACUGCACCUCUCGUCAGAGUUGACGCCGAGGAUGAUGAAUCAGAGGAUGAUUUCUCCCAGCUUGCUCACAGGUAAUGCUAUCAGAAGACAAACAUCCCUCCCCUCUUCACUUUCUCUCUCCCUUUCUCUCUCUCUCUCUCUCUCUCUCUCUCUCUCUCUCUCUCUCUCUCUCUCUCUCUCCCUAUAUAUAUAUAUAUAUGUGGAUAUUGCUAAUCUCCUUUUCUUGUCUGGUUUAUAUGAUUAUAUAUUUUUUUACUUUGAAGAUCAUAUAAACUUGAUUCGUGACCAUGGCAUGGCUUCAGAUCUUCAAGAGAAAAUGCCACUGGCCGACCUGUCACUAAGAACGAGCCGGCGGCCUAUCACAGCCCGCUGCUCCCUCCCCCACCACCUUCCAUGAGGCCAGUUAACAUGGAAGGCAGUACAGUUGACUACCUCAGUGGAGACAACUACAGAGCCGAGAAGUCAACCAGUGCCAAUGUCAACACCCAGCCACCUACCGCUAGCGAGUCAACGCCGCCUGCAGCGUUCUAUAGUCUACCUCGGUACGAUAAGCCGGCCCAGACGGAAAGCUCCACAGAACAUCUCCCAAGCGCUCCCUGGGAAGUCAACCCCACCAGCCCCCUGCCUCCGCCGCCGUCCAAGCACGAUCAGAGGCAGCAGUUCUUCAAGCACAACCAGAGCGGCAACCCAGCUUCAUCUCAGGAUGGGCUAAUCGAGCACACCCAGAAUAUCUCUCUUCAUGAAGCAAAAUCUGCGCCUUUGCGGUCUGAGUCAACGCCGCCAGCUAGACUUGCCAAGCCCGAAGACGCCCUUUUCAAGGACCUGGUUGACUUCGCCAAGGCCAAGACUCCCUCGGCCUCCAAGCCUGGUAGUAAGAGAACGUACUGA